AUGUAUCGGUCCACCAAAGGAGCGUCGAAAGCUCGAAGGGACCAGAUCAAUUUAGAGAUUCGGAACCUCAAGGACUUGCUCCCCAUCUCCGAUGUGGACAAGGCUCGACUCUCUUACCUACACAUCAUGUCCCUGGCCUGCAUGUACACGAGAAAGUCGGUGUUUUUCAACGAAGAUGCCCCUACCACUGACAGCCCCGAGGAGAGCUUUUUCUCCUUCCAUGAACUGUCGGAGUUGUUGCAUGAAAUGCCAGGAUUCCUGCUUCUGCUGACGGGGGAGGGAAAACUGCUGUUCUUGUCAGACAGCAUAUCUGAACAUCUUGGUCACUCUAUGGUAGAUCUGGUUGCCCAGGGUGACAGUGUGUAUGACAUCAUCGACCCCACGGAUCAUUUCAUCAUGAGGAGUAAUCUGCUGCCUCCAACAACCCCAGAGACAGAUCGCUUGUUCCGCUGCCGCUUCAACACCUCCAAGUCGGUGCGUCGCCAGAGCGCUGGCAACAAGCUGGUGCUGAUCCGCGCGCGCUGCCUGUCCCCUCCCGUGGCCCCCACCUCCACGGCCUCCUACUGGACCUCCAACCCCGUGUGGGUGUGCUUCUGCUCCCCGCUGGAGCCCCACCCGCCCCGCCCGGGCGCCGCCUCCGAACCCGAGUCCUCCCGGCGCGAGGACCCGGAGAGCAACCUCUUCCUGUCCUGCUUCUACUCCCAGCACAGCCGCGACAUGAGGCUGCAGGAGGCGCAAGACAGUGUGAGUGACUACCUGGGCCUGGAUGCAGAGACGCUGCGCUCCCGCUCGUGGUACAGCCUGCUGCAUCCCCAGGACCUCACGCAUGCUUCCGCCCAGCACUGCAGCCUGUUGAGAGAAGGCGGAGAGGGCCGAGUGGAGAUGGUGGUGCGGGUGGAGAGCGCCGAUCACUCCUGGGUCUGGCUCUACAUGGUCCUGCAGCUGGAGGCUGGAGAACACCCCAUCCGCAGCAAUAACUUUGUCAUCAGUGAGUCCGAGGCCUGGUCAGUGAGGCAGCAGCUGACCACUGAGCAGAGUCAGCUCACCCUGGUGCUGGGCUCCUCCAGCGCCGUCCAGCCGGAGGGCGCCAGCCUCCAGUCCCCCGACACCCUGUCCAGCCCGGACCAGGUGUUCACGCCGGGCAGCAGCGGCCUCUCGGGCCAGUCCUUCGACUUCAGCACGGCCGUGUGCAGCAGCAGCGAGGAGCACGCGGGCAGCGCCAAGACCGCGGGCGAGUUGGGCGCGGAGGGCGAAGGCGUCCGCUCCAGCCUGUCCUCCCUGGAGGAGGAGAGCUUCUUCCAGCAGCUGCCGCCCGGCGGCACCGAGCCCCUGGCCAGCCCGUCCGCCGCCUCCUCGCCCAUCCCGGUCACCGUGGCCACCGUGCCCGAGCUGGACUUCCUGACCCAGAACAUUCUGCUGCCGCCGUCCUUCCAGCUGGAGCCGCCGGUGCCCGCUCUGCCCCUGCCGCUGCCGCCCGUGCCCGCCGCCACCCAGGCGCCGCAGCCCAAGGACUUGGUCUGCACGCCGCCCUACACCCCGCAGGUGAGCAGCGGGAGCAACUUCCCCUUCGGCGACCCGCUCUUCAGCUUCGACCCCACCGGCACCACCACGCCUCCGCCGGGGUCUCUCGCCACCACCCCCACCACCACCACCGCCUCCACCAUCUCCCAGUCCAAACCCACGGGCAGCCCCCCUCCGCCCACCACCAGCCUGUCCACCCUCCUGCCCCUCUCCCUGACCACGCCGACCACCGAGCUGCUCUUCCCCGUAGACCCCUGCAGUGGCACCCUCUAUGAGAAGCUGCCACCCACGCCCGACAGCCCGGGGGACGGCGACUGCACCGUCAUGACCCUUCCCGAGGUCCGCGGGCCCCUGUACGUCGACGUGCCCAUGGGACCCCUCCACUGUCCCCCCGAGGGCCUCCUGACCCCCGAGGCCUCACCUGGCAAGCAGCCCUACCUGUCCUUCUUCUCCCUGGAGCCCGAGCGCGAGCGGGAGAAGAUGGAGAUCUCCCUGCUGGCCGAGCACAUCGGCACCCUGGCCGAGGGCCUGUACCCCGACCCGCUCUACUCCAAGCUCAUGAGCUCGUCCACCUCCGAGCCCCCGUCCCCCACGCCGCUGGACCCUGUGGGCCUGGACUCGCUCUUCUCCCUGCUGGGGGACUUCUACCCCAUCAAGUCCUGGAGGGGCUUGGAUCUCCCCAUCUUCUCCGACGAAGACUCUCUGUUUGAAGAGAGGAUUCUCGAGAGCCUCCUCCAAGACCUCGCCACGUCUCCGUGCCCGUCUCCGACGCCCUCCCUCUCUUCGCCCGCCUCCUUCUCUCCGUCGUUCUCCUCCUCCACCUCCACCACCCCCUCCUCCUCCACCCCCUCCUCCACCCCGUCCACGUCCCCCUCCACCCCGACAUCUCCCAUGUGCUGGCGUCCCCUCCUGCACUUUGACGGGGCCUCUGCCGCAGGCGCCAGUCACUUCUGUAGCGUCCAAUCGGCGCGCCGUAACCAGGCAGCCGGCUGCGGGGCGGCGACGGAGCGCGCUCCAACUCCGGGGGAUCCGGCCGACCGCGAAGAGGAGGCUGAGGUCGCCAUGGAGAUAGAGGAGUCACCUCUGUUGUCCAGCGGCGUCCCCAUGUCGCCUCAGCUGGUGGCCUCGUCCGUGUCAGCCUCCCCCCCGCCCGUCAGCCCCGUCCAGCCUGGCCUGCCCUGCGCCCAGUCCCUCCUGGAGGAGCUGGCCGCCCUGGAACCCAUGUUUGGGGCAGGUGCCUCGAUGACCCCUGGCCUGGGGCAACAACCUGAGUUGUAUCAACUCCAAUGUCACCCGAUGCCUCAGUGCUUCCACAAAGAUGGGAGCGGUAGUGAUCCUCCGUUCUAAAAUAAGUCUGUGACUUACUUC